AUGGCGGAUUCAGAGAAGGACGAUGCGAAUCCUACUAGGUCCAGUGGUCCAGGGCUAAGUCUUGACGCUCUCGGUGCCCCCGUCCCCGUCCCCGUUCGCGUUCCCGUCCCCGUUCGCGUUCCCGUCCCCGUUCGCGUUCCCGUCCCCGUCGAUUCCAGUGCAUAUGCGUCCGGAUCGCAGAUGGUAGUGGUACCCCAGCUACCGUCCGACGUGCUUGGCCGGAUUGCGCAGUAUGUCGUUGGGCCUGUUCUCGUUUGUGAGGGGGCUGGGGCGGAGUCAAGGUAUUGGAGGGAUGUGAGCGGUCGAGAUCGAGGGGAUGGGGAUGGGGAUGGGGAGGGCGGUAGAAGCGAACGCGAACGCGAACACGAACACCGAUACAAACACGAAGAACACGAAUACGAAUACGAUUACAACCACGAAGAAUACGAAUACGACUACACAACGCUCGCGCGCGUAGCACGCGUAAGUCGCGCGUUCCAUUUGGCCGCUGCGAGAUUGCUUUACGAGCGCGUUGUGCUGCACUUCCCCGAUCCGGAUUCGGAUGUGGAUUAUGGAGGUGAUCCUGAUGGUGAUGGUGAUGGUGAAAGAGAUGUUGUGUUCCCUAGAAGAUCGAAUGUGAAGUCCGCACAGCUGCCGCAGUACGCGCCCUACGUCAUCUCGCUCGUCCUCAGCGGCACCACCACCACCACCACCACCACCACCACCACCACAGCAGCACACAACCAACACACCAGUAGCACACCCGCACCCGCACCCGCACUCGCACUCGCACUAGAGCUCAAAGCAUGCAUACGCGCCUUCCCGAACCUCCGCCGCGUGCAUCUGACCCCGCGGCGCUUCGCGCCGGAGCUGAUAGACGCGGGUGUGCGUGCGCUGAGGGGGUGUAGGGUGGGGUUGGAGGUGUUGCGGGUCGAGGCGUCGUUUGCUGGCGUGGGUGCUGGUGGGGCGGAGCCUGGAGGAGGAGGGCCGUUUGGGUUAGGUGGGAUCGUGGAAGAGGAGGAGGAGGAGGAGGAAGAUGAUGAUGAUGAUGAAGGGGGGCAGCAAGAGGGAGGAGCUGAUGCUGAGGAAGAAGAUACAGACGCCGAUGUGGAUGUAGUGGAUAUACUGGUUGGCACAGAACACGACGCGCAAGGGAGAAGUGUGAGGGCGGUCGAUACGACAUGGUUGAAGGUGCUUGAACUGCGCAAUCCUGGUCGACGGAUUUUACAGGCGCUUCCGGUAUGGCUGGAAAGGCUGGCUCCGCCGCUUGGCAAGUUGACCGAGUUGCAUUUGACAGAUAAUUGUGGUUCAGUGACACCAGGCGUGCUCAAAGCGAUGACGCCACACACCGCUCGCUCGCUCAAGGCGCUCACACUGGGCCUAUCAUACUCGCUCAAAGACCAAGACGUCUUCGAGUUCAUCUCGUCGCUCAAAGCGCUCGAACCACCGCGCUUUCUACCCACGCUCCCUGCCUUGCGCGAGUUCACGGUAUCGCAUGUUGCCACCACCAGCACGGAAACGCGCGUGGACGUGGACAAGCUCGAUAAGUGGAUCCGGUGGAUCGUCGGCGGCUCGGGGUGCGGGCUGCGUGAGCUCAGGAUCAAGGGCGACGGCGACGGCGACGGCGAUGGUACGCAUUCAGCGAAAACGAGAGGGCCGUCGGUAUCCCAUGAUGGACUGGUGGACCACGUCGUCAGUGUGCAUGCGCGCACGCUGAGGGUGCUGGAUCUCCUUAACGAUCCGAGUUUAUCCAGGAGAGGAGGCGGCGGAGGCGGAGCGGGGAUGUGUAUCCGGAAGAAGAAGAUGGCGGUGCUUCUGCGAGGGUGUGCGGCUAGGCUUGAAGAGCUGAGGGUGAGAGUGUCCGAGCGGGCGUUUAUGCUUUUUGCGGAACAUCCAUACGACCUAACAAAGAUGAGAUUUGCCGUGUUUGAAAUAUGCAACGCGCCCCGGUCACAGCGGCCUCGGUCCUCUUCGAAAUCGAAAUCGAAAUCGUCGCAGACGCGCCCGAACCGUCUUUUCGCGGGUGGUGGUAGCGAGUCCGAGGUUGAUGCACUAGCUACAAGCAUUCUUCAGCGAUACAGGCCGUCUUUGAGGAAGUUGGCGAUUAACGGUGUGGUUUGGGAGGCGCAAUGGGUUCCUGCAGAAUCAGACAACUUUGAGGGUGCUGGUGAUGGCGAAGGUGGACGUAUUGUCGCUAAACGAGUCGAGGUUUUGGUGCCACCUUUGGAUACACAUGAACGAGGCCGUUGA